AUGCCUUUCCCCUUUCACAUAAUUGAACAUACAAUCCCCGGUCAACACAUCCGAGAAUACCCCCACAGUACCAGGAAGAGCGUGAAACAAGAAACAUCUCUUCACCUCGUUAUCAAACAAUACGUCCCCUUGGAUCUUCCCACGCCGAUCCCCGAAAAUGCAAUCACCAUCAUAGGAGCUCCUGGUAAUGGCACGCAAAAAGAAUUGUAUGAGCCUGUCUGGGAAGAUCUUUAUGCCGAACUGAAGCAAAAAGAAAUACCAAUACGCGGGAUCUGGGUAGCGGACAUGUCAAAUCAAGGAGCAAGUGGAGUUCUAAAUGAACAUAUCCAGGGUGAUCAAACGGGCUGGAACGACCAUUCGCGUGACCUGCUCCAUAUGAUAAACCAUUUUCGCGACCAGAUUCCUCGCCCGAUCAUUGGUGUCGCACAUAGUAUGGGCUGUGCCAUCCUGGUAAACCUUUCGAUUAUGCAUCCGCGUCUUCUUUCCACACUUAUUCUCAUCGAGCCCGUCAUCGUGGAGGCUGCUUUGGGGGUCCCAAACCCAGCCAUUAUCUCCAGUCGCCGCAGGGAUCUUUGGCCCACCCCCGAAAAGGCCAAAGAGUCUCUCACAAAAUCUCUUCGGAGAUGGGAUCCUCGUGCGCGAGAAAAAUACAUCACGUACGGCCUCCGUAGCGUCCCGACUGCUAUUUAUGAUCCCGCAGAUCCAGAAGUGGGCCCGCAAGCGGUAACAUUGACCACAACCAAACAUCAAGAAUCAUGGAGCUUCACCACGCCAAACUUGGAGCCGGAAUCUUUGGAUCGGCUUCUUUUACCUGAUUGGCACAGUGAACAGGAAAGACAGUACUUGUUUUCCCGGCCAGAGUGCUGGGCGGCCAUGAGGAAUUUACCAUACCUCAGACCAAGUGUGAAGUGGAUCUUUGGUGGUAAGAGCUAUCUUUCGUCGCCGAGUUCGCAGGACUCGAAAAUGCGAGAUACCGGCACUGGGGUGGGCGGAAGUGGCGGAGCUCGUGUUGGGGCAGUAGAAAAGUCACUCCUACCAGAGGGUGAGCAUUUCCUCUGCUUUGAGCAGAUCGGAUGGUGCGCGAGUGUUGCGGGUGAGUGGGUUGAGAGAUGGUACAAGGGUUGGCUGGCGGAUGAGAAAUUCUGGGCAGGAUAUCGCAGCCGGAACUCGGAUGAUGAUAUGCUGAGAAUCUCAGAAGAAGGCAAGAUGGUCAUGAAGAUGCAAAGUGGGACGAACAGACGUGACUUUCCUCCCAAGGGCAAGUUGUAA